AUGGGCAACAGCUUGCUCACCACAUUCCUUCGCCCAGACAUUGAGGUGUCUCAUUCAAGCGACACUACACAGCGUCGACACAACAGCAGUUACCAGUUUUUAGGUCCAAUGCUCAAUUGGCGACAUCAUGGUGAUACAUCUUACACUGGCUCUGUAUCUGACGCUGGCUUUACACAGCGACGCUCUGCAGCAUGUAUCCUUGGCACCUUCAGCACAGCCUGGAUGAAGGAGUUCUGUUACUUCUUUUUGUUCUACGUUUAUUCGGUCAUCGAAAAAGACAAAUAUAGUGAGCUAUUUCCCAAAGUACCACGAAUACCUGCUCUGUUGGAUGUAUUUAAGACAGGAUUAGGAGCAACGGCAGAUGAAGCACUAAAGUUCAAAGCAUGGGUCUCUUUAAAAAGUUCCCUUGAAAGACAUAUUACAGCCUCCUUCCACUUCAAAAUGACAUCUAAACUAUCAUCAGAUAUAAGAUCUGUUUUAGAUAUUAUAAAGUUCAUCCUAACCCUUCUGAAAACAUUUGGACCAGUGCUUGGACCAAAUACGAGUGAGGAAAAAGUGUUGCCAGUUCUCAGUGAGGUUGUAGACGCUGUGUUGGAUGCCGAGUGCUCUAUUUUCGUGGUUCCUAAUGGCAACGCAACCGCUACUACAAUAAGCAAAUUUCUUCGACAAAACACUUCUCCUUGGGGCGUGGGUGUCUUUGAGGUGCCAGGAAGUGAUUAUUAUCCUAAGACUAUGGCUGCCAAAGAACUACAACAGGUGAUCCAGACCGCUCGUAAGACGUUCCAGCGUGGUGUUGUCUAUCCCCUUCCACAGGAGCUAUGCAUUGUUGUAACACUCCCUUUCACCACCACCGAUUGUCACAGGGUCCGUGAGUUGUCGUCGUGCGUGAACGUGGUCGUACUGAGCGACGACCCCGCCUUCCUGGCCUCCUUCGGCGAGUCGUCGCUCCGGGGCCGCCUCCUGGUGUGGGCCACGAGGCUCCUGGUCGUCACCCGCCUGCCCCUUCACGAGCUCCGGCGGCUUUACCAGACUCUCUCCUUGACAAAUUCCGCACUCCUGGUCCUCAGUCAAGAUCUGGUCCGUGCUAGUAUGUAUGUGCAACUGCCGUACAGGCCUCCGAGCGGGCAGCUGCUGAAGGUCGCAUCUUGGUCUUCCCAGGGCGGCCUUGUCCUUCAAGAACAGGUUUUCCCCGACAAAUUUUCAAGGUUUCCCGAAGGAGCUUCUCUCACAGUGGCGGCGGAGGAAUACAUCCCGCACGUGAAAGUCGUUGAGAGUCCAGGGCCGUCUUUCUCCAUUAAGGGACCCAUGGCCAAUCUGCUUGAUAUUUUGGCAAAGUCCAUGAAUUUCACAUACAGUUUCAAGCGCCCUCCCGACGGAGCCUGGGGAGGGAAACUGCCAGACGGUUCCUACAACGGCAUGGUCGGAAUGGUAUCGAGGAAGGAGGUGGACCUCGGCCUGGGGCCCUUCGGCAUGAGCACCGUCCGCGCCGCCGUCGUCGACUUCACCAAACCGAUCCUGAUAGACUAUGCGAGAAUCCUUGGCGGCAGAGGGCGCGCCGAGAUCGAUCCCUGGGGCUUCCUACUGCCCCUGACGCCCGAAGUGUGGGCGGGGUUGGCAGCGCUGGGGCUUCUUGUCAUACUGACGGUGGCCUCCCUGUCUUACCUGUCCGGGCAGCACCUACCUGGGCGGGGCUCCAGGAACUUGUACUUCGAUGUCGUGCGGACGUUGCUGAUGCAAGGUGAAGGGCCUUUGGAAUUAAAGGGCAACGGUGAUGGAGAAAUUAUAUACUUGUUAUCAGACACGAAGGUGCUGCCGGAGCGGCGGUGGGAGCGCGUGCUUCUCGCCGGCUGGAUGAUCGUGACGCUGGUGACGGUGAAGAGCUACGCGGGGAACCUCAUGUCCCUCCUGGCGGUGCGUCACAUCCCGCAGCCGUACCAGUCGGUCAGGGACGUCCUCGACGACGCCUCUUGCACCAUGAUCUGGGAGGCAAACACGGCCUACGUGCAAUUUGUGGAGAGCGUGUCUUCCGGAACUUUCCACGAGGUCUCGAAGGCCGGGAAGGCUGGCCGCAUCCUGUUCAAGAAGACCACCGAGUACAUGGACGCCAUCGACUCCCUCGUCAGAUCGCGUCCUUACGUCCUCAUCCUGGAGGACCUCACCCACAAAGUCCUCAUGGGGCAGGACUUCUCAAAUUCCGGCCGGUGUGAUUUCUACACUUCCCGCGAGAUAUUCCUUCCUUUCAUCUUCGCCAUGAUCGGGCAGAAGAACCAUCCCCUCGUCCCUGCUCUUAGCAAGAGAAUCACGGCGGUCACGGAGGCGGGCCUGUACGGCCACUGGGUGGAGGCGAGCAUCCCGAACGCCACCUCCUGCGCCAGAACCCCCUCCAAGAUCACGGUUACUUCCAGCCUCUCUUUCGCCAACCUUUGGGGAAUGUUUGCUCUUCUAUUAGGCGGACAAGUGCUGGGGUUGGCCGUGCUGGCGCUGGAGAUAAGCAUACACAGGCUGUCACGUUGA